AUGGCUAAGGAUCCCAAUUUCACGUGCAUCGAAGAGAGCACGUAUGAAGAGAGUAGGUGGCUUGUGGUGGCAGUGUACAGCGUCAUCUUCACUGUGGGCCUGCCAGCCAACUGCCUGACCACCGCCUUGACCCUCAUCCAGAUCCACAAGGGAAACAUUCUUGCCAUCUACCUGUUUGGCCUGUCGUUGUGCGAGCUGAUGUACCUGAGCACCCUCCCCCUCUGGAUCCUCUAUGUGCAGAACGGCCAUAUCUGGACCAUGGGGCAAACAUGUUGCAAGGUGACAGGAUACAUCUUUUUCUGCAACAUCUACAUCAGCAUCCUUCUCCUGUGCUGCGUUUCCAUCGAUCGCUACGUGGCGAUGGUCUACCCAUUGCGGAGCAGAGGGUUGCGGAACCAGAGGAUCGCUGCAGGUGUCACAUCGGUCCUCUUUGUCAUCGUUGCGGCAGUCCAUACCCCUGUGUUUUUCGACCCAAACUUCCAGAAGUUAAACAUCACCACCUGCUUUGAAAACCAUCUUGACUGGGAACUGGCUACCUUCAACAUCAUCCGGUUCAUAGUUGGCUUUCUCGUCCCUUUCACAAUCCUCAUUUUCAUGAACUACAAUAUCUUUCAAAACAUUAAAAUCAGCUACAGCCUGAGCCCACACCAGAAAUCUAAAGUGAAGUACCUUGCCAUUGCGAUAAUUUCCAUCUUUGUGGUCUGUUUUGCUCCUUACCAUUUUGUACUGCUCAUACGAGCCAUCCAUUUUCAUCAGGAUUCAGACAACUAUUGCAUCUUUGAGAGAAAAACGUACACCGUAUAUACUAUAUUCCUGUGUUUCUCCACUGCUAACAGUGUUGCAGACCCGUUUAUUUAUGUGCUGGCUAGUGAAAAUACGAGACAUGACAUACGUCGGAUGUUCAGGGCGGCCGGGUUUCGUUUCUUGAACGAUUCCAAGAUGGACAGUAACAAGCCCGACAGUACCCAGAAGACACCAGUGGAUCCUUCAGAGGGACAUAAAGAGGCCAGGUAG